AUGUUAUACCCUCUAUCCCAAGCCUUCAGUUUUUUCUAUUCCGUAACGGCGGAACCGCUUGUGCGCCGUAUUUUUACCCCAGACAAUGCACGCCGGACACUUUACGUGAUAGUGACGGCGUUUUUUGCCAUACUUCUUUACGCGUCGGCCUUUCUACUUUAUGCCAUUAUUUACUACCAUUUCAUCCCGGAGUCGGAAGUAUCCGUCCCCCUUUACUUUGACUACUCAUGGCUUGCUGUUGAUCCAUACCAUGUCGGGGCACCGCCAAUUGUCCAGGACACGUUUACCGGGGCCCGAGGAGUUGCUGGUACCGGUACAGGCCAUGUUUCAGAAGAUAAAACCGCGCAAAUACCAGGCCCCUUUGCAGCCAUUGACCUUUCUGCAACACUUCUCCCUCUCAUGCGCCACUCAGUCGGGUACCGACUUGCUGUUGACCUGGACCUCCCCCGAAAUGCUCAUAAUAAGAAUCUCGGGAACUUUAUGGUGCGUUUGGCUGUGACUCCCAAUAUCCACGAGUUUGUGCGGCUCCACGGUCCUGCAUCCUCAUUGUCGCGUGGCACUUCCCCACGCCCGGCUUACGUCGUGCCAAACAAGCAGCUGCUGUACCGUAAUGCCGGGCUUGUUUCGCGAUUCCCUCUCACCCAUUUCCCUGAAACAUAUCUCAUGGACCUCCCAAAACUGUACGUGCGUGGACCUGCAGUGCACCCCGCACGCGGUGGUACACCAAACUCCACCACAACUUUAUAUGCUGGUGUUCCACUGCAUGCGGUGGCUCCAUCCAAACCACAACAGAAACCACUGGUGUCUGUGUUAGCAACACGACCAGCUAUCCUCGCAUAUAAACCGCUUUUGCUUGAAUAUUUGGAAACGUUAUUUUGGUCUCCCGUAUAUGCUGUCGGUCUUGUAAGUGGCGGAUUCAGCGAGCGCGUGAGUUUGGACAUGGUGGACGAUUGGACACGACGCGACGCACUGGAAGGCCGUGCCGGAGAUGGUUCAGGAGCAGCGUUGAAGACAUAUCCGUUUUCACAGACGGUAUUGGAUGCUGUUGGAUGGUGGGCUAGUUCCUCGUCAGAGUACUUGAAAACAAAGGGUACACUGUUUAUUGCCAAAUUUCGGCAAACUGAUGAGAUUCCUGCUGAAAUCCCGCGCGAUGUUAACUCUGCAGUCGAGCAGCUUGAAAAGAACGCACCACCACCUAAGAAAAGCAUCAAGGACGAGUUUGAGGGGAUUGUUGAACAAGACUUUCUUGAUACUGAAAAGGGGGAUGGCCACGUAUGGGCAGUUGUAGAACUUGACCGCGUUGCCCAUUUGAAUGGGGCUUUACUUACGUUGCACACAAAAUGGAGCGGCCUUCGGUACUGGAUGCACCGCUACCGGAUUCUGCUUUUUAUUGUGGGACCGAUAUUUCUUUGGGCCAUUGAGUGUGCUGGAGCUUUGCUUGCCGGGUACCUCAUAGUUACACUUUUUGGUGAAAACUCAACCAAUGGAUUGCCUACCCCACCAUUCCCACAGAAUCCGCGACCUGCAAGACUUGAGCGCCCACCUCAGCGACAUGCCAGUGGUGGAAGUAGCACCGGGUCAUCAACGCGAACUCACCGUAAUGGGAGUUUCACUGGUUCCCGACAAACCCCUCGUGUGCGUCGUCCACGUCCUAUUACUCCUGCUGCCGCUGCACCUGUCAUUUCUGCUGCUGAACCUGUUUCUGAGCUUGAACCUGAGAAUGCACCUGAAAUAGUGUCCCCGGUUUCUCCAGCUGCUAUUUUAGACGCUGUCACAGUUACCGACUACGUUUCAGAACCUGAGCCCGAAUCCCCGACCCUUCUUGUUGCACCUACAACUCCCCCUGGUCCUGUACCUGAAACAGCACCUAUUGCCGACCCCCCAGUUAUUGAAGCAUUGUCUGAACCAUCGACGCCUGUGGCUGUUCCUGCAUCUUGCACAGAGAGUGUGGCUAGUGUGAGCUCGUCAGUCACAGCGUUGUCGGGUGAUGUUGAAGAGAAUUCAUCUGAGGCUGAGACUGAGCACGAUCUCGAGAUUGAAAAUGAGGAUGAGGGUGAGCCAGAAAAUGAUCAUGAACAUGAACAUGAUCAUGAAGAAGAAGAAGAAGCUGAACCAGAGAACGAACAUGAAGAAGUGGUUGAGCCAGAGAACGAAAAUGAAUCUGAGGCUGAAAACGAGACAGAGGAAAACACGUCCUCUUCUCAAUCACCCUCCUUUGACUCAACCACAAUCUUCAACAUGCUUCCCAACAGAAGCACGGCCCCUCCCCCUUCGGUGACCCCAGCCACUGCUCAUGGAACCACCAGUGCCACACCUUCACCUGUAGCGUCGCUACGUGUACGCCCCUUCAGUUCAGUAUCGCCAUCACCUUCAGGGUCAUCUUCAUUGUUGGCCGGAGCAGGGCGCGAAGAGAACAGUAACGGAGACUCGGAUGUGAGUGUGGCUAGCGGAAGCACGGAGGAAGUGUCACAGGACGAAACAGCGGUUGCUAGCGGGCCCAGCAGCCGGGUCACGUCGAAGCAACCAGAAGAACUUGCUGAUUUGUUUAAUAAAUGA